UCCGGUAGAGUGAUAAUCGUUUCCGCUACAGGUUUCAGGUAUUUUCUGACGUAUAUUCUGCGUCAGACAACUGCAUAUGCCGCAUUAUUUUCGUUGUCUUUCGUCUUCUACUUGUCGUCUUCUUGUCUCGCCCCGGGGAUUGAUGACCGGCGUGCACAGCUCUUUGGAAAUAAGACACGGAAAUGACAUGCCGGUAAAACCGGAAUAACGCUUCAACUCAGGACCCUCUCUCCGCUCCACUCUCCGUAUCUCUGUCCAGCCAUUCGAACAGCAGAGGGAACGGGUCUGUUACGCUGAUCGGGAAUACUACAGCCGUGAAUCCAGACGGCUCCUUCGUGUCGGUCCAGCCGAGGAAACGAGUCACCUUGACCGUGUAAAGAGACUGCCGGGGGGGGACGCAGCAGAGACCGCAUGACCUUGUGGGCUGCUGAUCGUCCUCAUUAAAGGAGAUUUAUCCAUCGACACGGACACCGGCCACAGUCAUGGAGAUCCUCACUCAUCUCUUCAACGACACGGUUGAGUUCUACAAAUGGAGUCUCACUAUUGCAGACAAGAGGGUGCAGAAAUGGCCCCUGAUGGACAACCCCCUGCCCACCUUGGCCAUCAGCAGCUCCUACCUGCUGUUCCUCUGGCUGGGGCCCAAGUACAUGAAGAACCGGGAGCCCUUCCAGCUCCGCAAGACCCUCAUCGUCUACAACUUCAGCAUGGUCUUCCUCAACUUCUUCAUCUUCAAAGAGCUCUUCAUGGCGGCCCGGUCUGCUAGCUACAGCUAUAUCUGCCAACGCGUCGACUAUUCAGACGACCCCAAUGAAGUCAGGGUGGCUGGGGCGUUGUGGUGGUACUUCGUCUCCAAGGGGGUAGAGUACCUCGACACGGUGUUCUUCAUCCUGAGGAAGAAGUUCAACCAGGUCAGCUUCCUCCACGUCUACCACCACUGCACCAUGUUCACCCUUUGGUGGAUCGGCAUCAAGUGGGUGGCCGGGGGACAGUCAUUCUUCGGUGCACACAUGAACGCAGCCAUCCACGUGCUGAUGUACCUGUAUUAUGGGCUGGCCUCCUGCGGACCCAAGAUCCAGAAAUACCUGUGGUGGAAGAAGUACCUGACCAUCAUCCAAAUGAUCCAGUUCCACGUCACCAUCGGCCACACGGCGCUCUCCCUCUACGUGGACUGUGACUUCCCCCACUGGAUGCACUACUCCCUCAUCUGCUACGCCAUCACCUUCAUCGUGCUCUUCGGCAACUUCUACUACCAGACCUACCGCCGCCAGCAGCCCCGCCGCGACGCCUCCUCCUCCUCCUCCUCCACCUCCUCCGCCUCCAGGGCGGGCAAAGCCCUGGCCAACGGGACCUUCAACGGCCUGAGCAGCAAGGCCGCAAACGGAGCCUCGGCAGCGGGUAGAGGAGAGGACAGCAAGCCCCAGGAGAACCCGGGCCGCAGGAAGAGGAAAGGAAGGGCCAAGAGGGAUUAGGAGGAGAGGGUCGGAUGAUGGGGAUGAUGAUGAUGAUGAUGAUGAUGAUGAUGAUGAUGAAGAAGACGAUGAUGAUGACGACGAAGAGGCCGCGCCUGUUGGGUCCCUCCCCUCAGUUGUGAGUUUGGGAAAACAACGAGAGACUCUAAUUGGAUGAAGAGGCGGAGGGGUUGGAUGGAUGAAUGGAUGGAUUUACUGGUGGAUGAAUGAAUGGAUGGGCUAACUGUUGGAUAGAUGAAUGAAUGAAUGGAUGCGUUUACUGGUGGAUAGAUGGAUGGAUGGACAGAUGGAUUUACUGGUGGAUAGAUGGAUGGAUGGAUGAAUUUGGUAAGGUUAAAUGUGCCAUUUUGAGCUGAGUUUCUUUAGAUGUGAGAUGCGUCUUUGCGCUUAUCCGAGUAACACUUAGCAAGGAAAAGAGGGGAACGCAGUUAUGAUAAAAUGACCUUUAACAGAAAUACUCCAUAAUCAAGAGGUUUGUGGUUGAGGUCAUAUCAAGGUAGUGUUUCUCUCUGAGAAAGAUGAUUGGAUGGGGAUUAGAAUUUACUCUUGGAUAAAGCCAGGGUUUAUUUGCUUAUCUGGCUUGCUUGGAAAGCAUGGUGAAGAAGUUCUAUUACAACCUGCAACAGAUCCAACAGUGAAAGUACUGCAAAACAUAGCAUAACCACAAGUAAAGUCUCUCUCUCUCUCUCUCUCUCUCUCUCUCUCUCUCUCUCUCUCUCUCUCUCUCUCUCUCUGUGUCUCUCUCGCUCUCUCUCUCUCUUAGAUUGUAUGUAACUUAACUCGCACAUAUGCAUAACCAUAACCAUAACCUUAUUGCAUUAUAUAAUUUUGUACAGUGCAUUUACAUUAAUAUCUUCUUAAGAGAAAGAAUUUGAGGUCAGCGAGACUAGGCCAAUAGUAUCCGUGUGUGUGUGUGAGUGUGUGUGGGAGAGAGAGAGAGAGAGAGAGAGAGAGAGAGAGAGAGAGAGAGAGAGAGAGAGAGAGAGAGAGAGAGAGAGAGAGAGAGAGAGAGAGAGAGAAAGAGAGAGUUUACAUAGUCCAAUCAAACUGAAAUUCCUGCUGCAAUUGACAAGACGUCCAGCCCUAUUCGUCCCUUCCCCUCGACACCGAUCAAAUGGGCGAUCUCCAACACGGGGGUGUCAACCGAUGUACGACUCAAGACUCUGAUUCCGAACUAUCUGACGUUCUCUCGUCGCCGCUUGGAAACGGAACCAUCCCCUCGAUUCAUCCGGUCCACUGGCGGCCUUUUAGGAUUCAAACGUAUCUUCCUCAACCCAUCCCCCAUGGUUGAUUUUUAUACUCGUCUCUCUGUCUGCCCAAACGCGUUUUUCAUGUAGAAUCGAAAUGACUUUGGAAGAUGAGCUUUAUACCCACGUUGUCCGUGAAGAUGGUUUUUAUCCUAUAGAGGCUUGAAAUGGGUUACUUGUCCAGUCUGUGUUUGUUCUACUAUCGUCUGCCUGACAUCCUGUGGUGAUCGAUCGACUUUGUGGCUGGGCCUGUUAGGAGCUGAGAGGAGGAAUCCUAGUGCAAGCAACCCCACAACCAGACUUCUCAUUGAAUGGUUAAAUCCUGCUCAGAGACAAAGCUAUCUCUUCAAGAAAAUAAAACUAAUAUAAAGAAUAAUGAUAUUUAGUCAUAGUCUUUCUUGGCGUAAUAGUCAAGAUACAACCCGUGUUAUGUAACAGCCCUGUAUUCGCACCCUGAAAGGUGUUAACGUUUGGUUGAAAUGCCAAAAGAUGGCGUAUCUGCAGUGAACAGCUGAUCAAUAACAUACCAAUAUAUCACAAUCAUAUUUUCUACCUGUGCAGUACAAUGUGUACAAAAAAGUGCUGAGCUCUACUUGUUAUGUCAUUCAUUAAAAUAAUGCUAUUUAUGUUUUUUCUUUAUGUACAAAUAUAUUUUAUGAGAAUGUGCUUGUAUGUGAUAUCAUUUUUUUUUUUUUUGUGGUGUAAAUAAUAUUUUUGGUACAUUAAGCCAUUGGGAUUGUUCCUAGUACAACAACAUGCUUCGACAUGCUAACGUGGCCAUGUAGCUCCUGUGAUUUUUGUUAACUUCUUAAAAAUGUAUUUGAAAAUUAAUUAAACUGAAUGCCUGUGAAAAAA